GUCCUGCCAUUUGCCAACAAAUCUGCCUAUUCUUUUUUUUCUGCCAUUGUAAAAUGGAUCUGGGCAAAGGGUGCUGAUAAAACACAGUUUUUUUCUUAAUUUAUAUAGUAAAACCACAAAAUUAGAUUCCAAAAUGAGCGUCUUUAAAUCAGCCAUGGGCUAUUUCAGCUCAGGAGGCGCUAACGGUGGCAGUGAUAAUGAUUUUGUUGGUCAGUUUGUUGAAAUAGGAAAUAUGAAAUUGAGAGUCAAGAAGGUGAUUGCAGAAGGUGGUUUUGCUUUUGUGUUUGUUGCUCAAGAUGUAUCCAGCGGUACUGAAUACGCCUUGAAAAGGCUAAUGGCAGCUGAUGAGCAAGCGAAUAAGAACAUUAUUCAAGAAAUUAGUAUAUUAAAAAAAUUAUCAGGUCACCCUAAUGUAAUAAAAUACAUAGCAGCAUCAUUUAUUGAUAAGUCAAAGACAUCACAUGGGAUGGGAGAGUAUUUGUUGUUGACGGACUUGUGUAGUGGAGGAAGCUUGAUGGAAGCCCUCCAGAACAGAGGCCAGGCAUUCCCUCUGCCCACCAUACUCAGGGUUUUCUACCAAACCUGUCGGGCUGUGCAACACAUGCAUGCUCAGGUGCCCCCAAUCGCUCAUCGUGAUCUCAAACUAGAAAAUUUCUUAAUUUCAAAUGAAGGUACAAUAAAACUGUGUGACUUUGGAUCAGCUACAACAGAUAUAUAUACUCCUAAUCCCUCUUGGAGUGCAAAUCAAAGAAAUAUGUUAGAAGAAACCCUGGCCCAAUUUACUACCCCCAUGUAUAGAGCACCAGAAAUGUUAGAUACUUGGGACAAUCGUAAAAUAGACCACAGUGUCGAUGUGUGGGCUCUAGGAUGCAUACUCUAUACACUAUGCUACAUGCAACAUCCAUUUGAAGACUCAGCUAAACUGGCUAUCCUAAAUGGAAACUAUAAUCUUAAUCCCAAUGAUCAACGCUACAAAUGUUUUCAUGAAGUCAUAAGUGGUUGCCUAACAGUGAACCCUGAAGAGCGCUUGACAAUAAGUAGUGUGCUGGAGCGGUUGGCGGCGAUAGCGGAGUCCAAUAAUGUCAAUCUCAAGCAACCACUCAAAUUUGAGCGUAAAAAAGUUGAACAAUCUGUGGCCACUAGCUCGCCAGCUGGCAAAGAUCCUGUGGCAAACAGCCAAGAGGUGCCUAACUCCCGGCCCCCAGAGCCGAGCCGGCCCCCACCACCCGCUCGGCCUCCAGCGGCCCCCCAUUAUCAGCCUCCUUUGCCGGCAACUCCAGCUAACUCAGGAGGCCUAUUCUCUUCAAUAAAAGGAGGCGCUGGCAGCUUUUUGAAGAAUUUAAAAGAUACUUCUUCGAAGGUUAUGCAAACUGUGCAACAGUCAAUAGCUAGAACAGAUUUGGAUAUAAGUUACAUAACUAGUCGUAUUAUAGUAAUGCCUUACCCGUCUGAAGGUUUGGAGAGUGCUUAUAAAACCAACCACAUCGAUGAUGUCAGGGCAUACCUAGAGAGUCGUCACCCGGGCGGUAAAUACAGUAUCUACAACGCGUGCCGUGGCUGUAGACUGUCGUUCCCGCGCCACGUGCCCGUGACGGACGCGGUGCGAGCUCUAUGGCCCACGCCGGCUCACCGCGCCCCGCUACUCGCGCCAUGCUACGCGCUACUGCAGCAUAUGUACCAGUACUUAGGGAAAGAUGAACGACAGGCCGCUGUUAUUACCUGCCAGGACGGUAAACAAAUGUCAUGUAUGCUAGUAUGCGGUCUGUUACUGUACGCCAAGUUAGUGACAGUGCCAGAAGACGCGUUGCAGAUGUUCGCGGUGAAACGCACGCCCAUCAACAUGCCGCCUAGUCAGCUGCGAUAUUUGUACUAUCUCUCUAAUAUUAUUAGGCCUGAACCAAUUCUCCCUCACUUCCGACCAGUCUCGCUGGUAUCACUGACUAUUCAACCAGUACCACUGUUCACUAAAGCGAGGGACGGUUGUCGACCUUACAUAGAAAUAUACAAUGAAGAUAGAAUGCUCCUGUCUACCCUACAAGACUACGAUAGACUGCAUCUUUAUAGCAUGGCUGAGGGGAAAGUAACUCUCCCCCUAGAUACGACUGUAGUAGGCGACGUGGCAGUAUGUGUAUACCACGCGCGCCAACAGCUGGGCCGCGUGCAUUCCGUGCCUGUACUCUCUCUGCAUUUCCACACUGGAUUCCUCUCCGUAGACCAGCAUCAUAUUAAGUUUAAUAGGUCUGAAAUUGACGGUAUAGACGACUCCCUACCAGUAAAUGAUCACUUCUCCAACAACACUACUGCGGUUAUAAGCCUGGUAGUACAAAAUGGUGAGAGACGUAAACCUCGUUCAGAUCUCUGGGAGGAAGACCAUUCCUUCCCCAUACGGACGCCCGACGUACUCUUCUCUACCACCCUCGAAAGAGAUGAGACUAUUGAUAACUUCGUAACUGCAGAUUACCCGCCUCGAGACCCAGAGCCGCCUACUCGGCCGAGUCGUCCAUCACGACCCGCUCCCCCGUCUCCCGUCCCACCCCAAAGACCCCCGCUACCUUCAUCCCAACCCCAACCUGACCCUAUCCCCUCAGAUAACACAAUAGACUUUCUGAACCUCAACUCCGGCGCCCCACCACCUCAAGAAACGAAACCAGAAAAGAAACUUAAAUCCGAUGAUUCUUUCGAUUUCUUUGGAAUGAUGGAGAAGCAGACUGAUGAUGGAUUUGGAGAUUUCUUGAGUGGAAACAAGGGAGAGGCAGCUCAGCAAUUCCCAACGGAGUCUAUAUUCGGGGACUUGCCCGCUCCACCUGUGACGGAACAAUCCGAAGUUAAGGGCAACGUGAACUCAAGUGAUCCUCUCAACUUUGAUCCUUUCGGCCUCAACGACCCCUUGCCGAAGAUAGAAACACUCCUCACUCCGCUAAUUAAGGAUGAAGGUCGUCCACAGAGCGUACCGUUGGAGCGAGCUCAACCUACAACGGCAGGGCAACGUAAGGAUCCUUUCGCGGAAUUGGGAGUACUGGGCAGUACCCUCCCUGCACCGGGCGCGGCCCCGGCGCCGGCCCCCGCCUCCCUGAGCGCCGCCGCCAGCCGCGGGCCCACGCCGCGCGCCUCCCCCGCACAUACUCCGGCGCACCAACCUCACACGCCGGCUCACCAACCUGACUAUAAUAGAGCACAUUUCGAGCCAGCCAAAACUCCGGCUGAUGACAAACAACGGAAACCAAUGGACGUAUUUGGCGAUCUGCUCGGUAGUCAGGGCUACGACUUCGCGUCCAAGAGAGAUACUGGUCCUAAGACAAUGAACGCCAUGAGAAAAGAGGAAAUGGUUAAGGACAUGGACCCGGAGAAAUUAAAAAUACACGAAUGGACGGAGGGUAAAAAGGCGAACAUCCGAGCUCUGUUGUGUUCCCUGCACACCGUGGUGUGGAAGGAGUGUCGUUGGACACGUUGCGACAUGUCACAGCUUGUCACUCCUGCAGAUGUAAAGCGAAACUAUCGGAAAGCGUGUCUUGCUGUACAUCCUGAUAAGCAAAUGGGAACACCAAACGAGAACAUAGCGAAAAUGAUCUUCAUGGAACUGAAUAACGCUUGGAGUGAUUUUGAAAACGACGCCAAACAACAGAACUUGUUCCAAUCUUAAAUGUAACAUAGCAGCUACACCAUUGUUAAACACGGAGAAUUAGUGUUCAUGGAGAUCUCAAACACGUGUUUGUCUAUGUUAUCAAGCACGUGUGAGGUGUGUUCGUAUUCAAGAGUCCUGAACUAGUACUCCAUCUGUUCACUACUCGUGUACAUAGGACACUAAUUCAGUAUAUUAAUAAAAUAUAUAUAUGUUUAUUUAGUUAGACCUUGCUAAUGUCGUGUAUUCAGAAAGCAAGUUUCAAGUAUAAGAACGCUUUACGCGAAUGUCUUACCGAUAUUAUUUAUAUCGCUAAGUGUAUAAUUAGAAUUGUGAUAAAUUCUUUCAUAGUUUAAAUUUAAAUCAAGUGUUGACUUUGUGAAUAAUCUUUCAUUGAUGUUUGGAUGUAGCCCCAAUUUAAUGCAAGCUUUUUAGUAGUUUCCUAGAAUUUCGCAUUACAUCAGAUUAUGAGUUAUAUUUCGUGACCGAUUUCUUGAAGAAACAUUUACAGGUACAGUGUUGUAAACACUGGUUGGAUAUGUUUUUUUGCUAGAUUUAACUUUCAUUACAACCACGCGAAAUGUAAAGUACAGUGCACUCUUACACUUGCACUGCAGAUUAUUUGGUCGCGAAUUCUACUGGUCAUGACGCAAGUCGUUGAUAAGCAUUUCACUACUUUGACUGGCAACUGUUACCGUCACUUUACUGUCAAAGUACACAAAUAUGUAAGACUAAAUAUCCAAUGGAAGUAAACUUAUUAUUAAUAUAUACAU